AAGGUAUUUACAUACAUAUUUAGAUACGUAACGAAAAACCUGAGAUACAUAUUUGUCCAGCCCAGUUACCUUUUGCCCUUCUGAUUGUUAACAUCCAAACAAAAAUUUCUUCACGUUACCAUAACAACUAAAAAUACGUCUACAGUCUGUUCUAAACCUACCAUGCUGACCAAAAGUGAAGCUAUCAAAAUUAUUCUGGUCGGAUUAUGCAAUUCGUUCCUAGGACCAACAAUUUUUAUCUGGGGAAUCUAUCCUGAGCUUCUAAAUUAUAUGGAAAAACGUGAGGCCAACAAUGUCACCGACGAGGAGCUAGCACUGAAAUAUCAUCCUCUUUUAUGGGCCUAUUUGUCCAUGCUAUUCUGUUCCUUUGUUUCCGGAGUAUGCGCAGAUUUGGCAGUCACCAUAUUCUCGAACAACAGUAAUUGGCGGAUCAAAUUAGGAAAGGUGGCGACAUUCUUGGCGAAAGCGUUAUUUUUUCAAACUCUGGCGUUCAUCUUCUACAACGUUGAUCCUUUGGAGUGGAGGACGCCGGACGGACUUCUGGGGUCAUGGGGACCGAUUGAGUUGCCCAUCCCGACAUGUUGUUAUUGUGUAUUGGUGCAACUUUAUUUUUCGAGGAUAUGCACUUACUACUUGGUUGAAGAGGGUUAAGAUUAGGAAAAAUCUUGUAAAGAUGGAUAGGAAAAGAGGGGAGAAAUUUAUGUACUUUUAAUCGAGCAAAUGUUUCAGUUUGAUCGAUAUGGUUUUAUGAAAGUUAGAAGCUUAAGGAUUUAAUUAUUUAAAUCGUGUGUGUAAUGUUAACAUAUUAUUUUAAAGACGGUUACAUAAUAAGUAUGCAGUGAGACUUAUCAAAAUUA